GGGAGCGCGCCGGAGCCCGCCCGCCAGAGGAUCUGCUCAGCAGCAGCAGCAGGAGCCACUCGAUCCCCGCCGGGAAGGAGCUACCGGAUCGCGCCCGCCGGGCCGCACUUGGGGGGCGCCCGCAGCCUGCAGCCGCCGGCCGGCCGGGCGGGACGAUGGCGAGCGAGCGCUGGAAGCACGUGGGGGGCGCCGCGCAACUCGAAGCCGGCCCGCAGGAGAAGGGCCAGAGAAUGAGCUGUGGUUAUAUCCUAUGCACAGUCCUGCUGUCUGUGGCCGUUCUCUUAGCUGUGACUGUCACUGGCGCGAUUCUCUUCAUGAACCAAUACCACACACCCGUCACAGAAUCCCCACCCGUCAUCAGCACCAAUCCGGACGAGGCCAAUGCCUUGGUGACCAUCGAGAAAGCCGACAGCUCCCGCAUCAACAUAUUCAUUGACCCCAAUUGCCCAGAUCAAGUCAACGACUUAGCCCGUCUGGAAGGCCUCCAAUCUUCACUCCUGAGGACUGUGACCGACCACGAUGCUGAAACAAAGUCGUCGAAGGGGCAGGAGCGGGCCUUGUUGGUCGGCUUGACGGACGAAGUUUCCAAGUUACUUACCCACGCCACUCAGUUACGAGUGGACUGCGACAGCCUGAAGAAGGGGCACAGUGCCAUGGGGCAGGAGCUGAACGCCCUGCAGAGUGAGCAAGGCCGCCUCAUACAGUUGCUUUCGGAGAGCCAGACCAACAUGGCAAGGCUGGUCAGCUCCGUCAGUGAUAUUCUGGACACCUUGCAGAAGGACCGCAGCGUGAUCCGGCCUCGCGUCAAGGCUGAUCUUCAGAAAGCCCCGACCAGAAGUGCCCGGCCAAAGGGAUGUGCCAAUGGCUCCCGGCCCCGGGACUGCUUUGACAUCUACGCGAGCGGACAACAAGAGGACGGCGUCUAUUCAGUCUUCCCCACUCACUAUCCCGAAGGCUUCCAGGUCUACUGUGACAUGACGACCGACAGCGGAGGAUGGGCGGUCUUCCAGCGGCGUGAAGAUGGCUCUGUGAAUUUUUUCCGUGGAUGGGAAGCUUAUCGGGAUGGAUUUGGGAAGCUCACUGGAGAGCAUUGGCUAGGCCUGAAGCGCAUCCAUGCCUUGACCACACAAGCCAGCUACGAGCUCCGCAUUGACCUGGAAGACUUUGAUAACGGCACCGCCUACGCCCAUUACGGAACCUUUGCUGUGGGUCUGUUCUCGGUUGACCCCGAGGAAGAUGGCUACCCAAUCCACAUUGCUGAUUAUUCAGGGACUGCAGGAGACUCCUUCCUGAAGCACAAUGGCAUGAAAUUCACUACCAAAGACCUGGACAAUGACCACUCGGAGAACAACUGUGCGGCCUUCUACCACGGGGCCUGGUGGUACCGCAACUGCCACACCUCCAACCUGAACGGGCAGUACCUCAAGGGUCAUCACAGCUCCUACGCGGAUGGCAUUGAGUGGUCUUCAUGGACAGGCUGGCAGUACUCCCUCAAAUUUACUGAAAUGAAGAUCCGGCCCCUCCGAGAUGAAAAUUAAGUCCCCUUUACCCACCACUCCCCUCCUCUACCCCACCCAGCCCAGCCCCCUGUAACUUAGUGGUGUUUUGUUGAGAGUCUGGGGCAGCAGGAACCAAACAUUCCCCCCAACAAUGAUGUUCUUCUAAUGCUUCAGAAGUUCCUUCAGCGAGUACAGUUGGCUUUUGGAUAAGGCACAGUCUCUACCUCUUUUUCCCAAUUCCAAACCAGGUUCCUUUUAAACCAGUAACUCUCCCAUGUAAAGACACAAGCAAGAAUACCAGAGAAGGACCAGGUAUGCAACAGGUGAGAUUUUUACCCUGGCCUCAAGGCACAGUUUUUAAAAGAGUUGCUUUGAUACCCAAAGAAAAUCUGCCCUGUGAUGCUUGUGUUCCGUUUGGUCUGAGCACAUCCAAGAAUCAGCAGGCAGAGAGGUUUGCUGCAACACCCUAUGUAACAAGUCCCCGAAAAGGGAGAUAUCCAGGCCUCAAGGAAGGAAGGACGAUCUAUUGACAUUCUACUAGGACCAGAAAUCUGUUAAAGCAAAGCUAAGAUAGAAUAUCUGCUGGAGAUCGUACAGCACACAUUGAUACAAAGAGAUGCCUGCAUUAAAUGAGGAACAUUUGCCUUGUCCAUCAGAAGAUGUUACGUUUCAUGCCACUCAGUGACUGGGGAAGGAGCCAACGUUUGGGUUUUCAAGAGAAAGGCUUGGGUGGCUCGGGUGAAAGAGGUGCAAUUGGGACCCUGGAGGCAAAGAUUCCAUCCUGGUGUACAAAACGGCCGAAGAUCUGACCACUGCAGUUCGAGGAAAUUUACCUGCAGCUCCUCUCAGCUGAGCUUAAGCACAAGAAGCAAACUGCCUUACGUUUAGGCCUCCUAGCAGGUGAGAGAUGGGAGCAGAGGACAUUCAACGGAGCCAGGAUGUGUUGAGCUGACAGGAGGACUGCCGGGGUCUGUAUUCUCAGUAGCUGCUAGGAUAGGAGGUCACACAGACAUGUGUUUUCCCAGAAGACAGACAUUUCCCUGGGCAGUCCCUGCAGAAUCAAGCCCCCACCGAAGGAGGCUGAAAUGGAGUCCCGACAGCAGCAGCCAAGGGCUGGCACAAAGGCAGGACUGAGGCAGGGGCAGAGUCCCGCAAGCUCCCAGUGCCACCAAACUCUGUUCCUUCUGCCUCCCAUUCAACGAGGACAAAACCCUCAGCCCCAGUUGUUGCAGUGGGUGUCCAGCAAACCCCAUGGCAUUUCACAGCAGCUGGACAAACAGGUUUUCUAAGGCUCCUUUGUUUCAACAAAAUGACCACUCACUUGAUCAAUCAAUUGCCCCCCACCCCCAAUUCCAGGGAUUGGGUUGUUCCCUCACACUCAAUGCAUGCCACUGCUGUUUCCCUGCCUAUAUGGAAGGUGGAAAUCAUAUCCAGGCACCUGGUAAAACAGACAGAUGUGCAUGGCUGUUGGGACCUUGGGUUGCCAACUUCCAGGUGAUGAUUGGAUUACAACUGAUCUCCAAACCGUUUGGAGAAAAUGGCUGCUUUGGAAGAUCGAUUCUAUAGCGUUACACCCCCUUGAAGUUCCUCCCCUCCCGAAACCCUGCCCUCCUCCAGCCCCCGGGUCAUAAGGACUUUUCCCAACACAGAGCUGAGUGCCCUUCACCCUCUUCCCUAAUGGAGAUGUUAACUCCACAGUUUCCAGGAGUGGCAAAGAGGCUGCUUUUAACAGGCUGUCCGGGGGGGGGGGGAGAGAGAGAGAGAGAAAGAGAGAGCAAGUAGCUUUAGUAUGCCUUGCAGCUGCAUUUUGGAUUUGCUAUCAACCCUGCUUCCAAACCUGCUUUGUCUUUGCUGCCUUUGUGGCUCUUCACCGCCUCCCCAUCACAUUCAUUCAGCAUCCAGACUUUAUAAACGACCAUGGUCAGCUUGCAAAGGUCAAUGAGUAGAGCUGCUCCAGAGGAGAGGGGGCGCGGCUGCCAAGCAGUCCAGCUGCUCUGCAACGCUAUCAGAAGGUGCUGGAAUCCAUUUCCAUGAAGCUAGUAGAGAUGCCCUCCCCAAGGAAAGCUGGAUGCUACCAGAAUCAAGACCACGCCCCUUGAAGCAGCCCUUUGCAGGUUUUGGCAGCAGUGGAGGAAAUACAGGUGAGAACGCCCAGCUCCUGUCUGUCGAAUACAGCCGGGUUCCAAAUUGCUCUCCAGUCAAUUGAGAGUGCAGCCCUCAUUUCUAACCUCUCCCAUGGCUGACCUGGCUCACUGUGGAGGGGCUGAACUUCCUUCUGGGCUGGAAUAUACACACCAAACUGCACCCUGACAGUGGCAUUCCUCCCAUCUCCCAGAGGAUGAGUUUCUGUGGACUAAUUCCUGUCAGAAAUGAGCUGUGGAUUCCUUCCAGUCCCAUUAGGAGUGGCCAAAGCAAUCAAGACAGCUGAUGACCUUUAGGUUGCUGAUAAUGCCAGCAUCGCCUCUUACAUCUCUGAGUUGCCCUGGUGGGUGCUGCAUGUGUGCCAGAAGCAGCAGCGUGGGUUUUGCAGAAUGGCCUGCUCUCUUGAAGAACUGUUGUGCAGCACACAAUGCGGGGGAAACAGGGUUGCCAAUGAGGUUUCAAAGAAGUGCUGCCGUCCCCAUCUGUGUGCCUGGUUGUAAAGUGACUGCAGGUUCUCUUGUCCUCCUGCCAGAGAGGUAUUUAGCAGACCAAGCUGUUCUCCAUCAAGCCCAGAUGUUCAGGAACAGGACGCUGGCCCAGGUUUGCGGCGGCUGAUUCCCUACAGUGUUUAGGGAACAAAGCCAUCUUCAGUUCUGCAGAAAACGA